CAGAGGUGGGGGGAGAAAGAGAGGAGAGGAGGAGAGCUGUAUUUGGAAAGUCAGAGAAAAGCUGAGAGUGGCAGAAGAAAGUUGACACCGUGUAAGAUGCACUGCAACCGCAACAAGGAUUAAUGACAGACCUUCUCCUUUCUUUGAGAAGGAGAGAGCGAGCCGAGUAGGAUGCCAGAGAAGAUGCUGUGCAGGGGGAAAGGGAGUCUUUGACAAAGCAUGCACAUUACUGCUGCCAGGUUGCACAUGUGAAAUAGGUGCAUCUGCAUGCAUUCACAGCCGCAUCAGCACCGCUCGACUGAGGGGUGCCGACAAGUUUGACUCACGCUCUGUAACUCAAUGCUCACAUCCCCUCUUUCACACAAACACGUGCAGGAUACACACAAUCCGUUCGUCUCUUCACAUACACGAAUACACACACACACCUACUGCACAUGCACACGCUAAAACCAAACAAAUCAGUGGAUCAGUGUGUGACAGCAUUCAGUUCUGUGGAUGGUUUGGUUUGCGGAGGACUCAUCCCGAGGGCAGGACAGGACGGAGCAGGACGGAUCCGAGACCUCCUCGUCCUCAUCUGACAACUGGAUAGAGAGCUGCCCGACUCCCCAUCUGUCCUGAGUGAAACCCUCUUAAGAUGGACGGGGUACAUUAAAAAUACACGUUCCAAAGGAGCACUGUCGUGGCAAGUAGCGAACCCACAGCCAUAAAUCAACACCGGAGGACUUUGAUUUCUUCAUUAUCGCUUCCUGCUGCAACAGCAGAGGAACAGGCAUGUUGGCAGGCCGGCUGUCCUGCGGAUGUGCACCAUAGGAUUCUAUUUCUGGAGCCUCAUUGCUUUAACAGAUUAACUGCCCUCAAAUAUGGCCCCAAUCCAUUCAUUGCACCACUAGUUUGACUGCUGCUGGAGGUUGUGCAUAUUCAAGCUUCAAAAGACCCCACUGUGUGUCAGUCCAGUCAUUUGAAGACUCCUGCAAUAAUACUACUCACAAGUCAUUGCCCAUUUCCAUCCAGAACAGUUGAAGGGAAAGACUGACAUCCAAAGCUUUCACACUAAUACCAUGACACUGUGCUUAUAUUAAGACUUCAGAUUUUAUUGCAAGAGACAUUUUCCACGAGCUCCUGAGGGCAAAUCACACUGAAAUUCCAUUGCCCAGUGUUUUCAUUAGCCUGUCUGGGGCUAAUCAAGGUCCUCCAUCAUCAGAAUUGACAUUUCCAUAUUGUGUGAGAGAGAAAGUAGCCCCCAUUAGCAUAUUCAUGAACAAUGACACACUUAAUCAUGUGAAAUGGAAGACAUGGGGCAAACCCUGAGCCAUCAAGCCCUGAAACAAAUAGCUUAUGACAUGUGAGGAAAAGAGGAUCUUGAAUCCCCCUACGCAACUUCAGCACAUCCCAUAGCACACAGGAGAAGGCUACCACUGGCACAUUAAGGAUAUUUCACUCAUAAACCUGACAUGUGUUGUUGGCCUCUGGACCAAGGCCUAUAAUAAGAUUAAAAAAUAGGAUUAAAGAUGGAUUAUCACUGAAACCCAUCGGACACUCUUCAGGGAGACACUCUGCAGACAGAUUUGUGUAUUACAUUUGGUUGUUGAUGUGGUGGCCUCUUGUGUGGUUGGUAUUAAAAGAGAGGGAUGGAGAAUCUAGAUGAGCUGGAGCACCCUCUUCUGGGAGAAAGCCCCAAUACCAACCGGGAAUCAGGGCCGGGUCCGGGGCCCGGGACUGGACAGGCCCCUGGCGGGCUGUUCAAAGGCAUCUUGGUUAAGUGUGAGGAGGACAGGGCCUACCCUCCUUUAGCAUGGAGGAGCUAUUGUGGACAUCCACCUGAGCUUCAGCAGCAGCAGUUACUGGACCCUUGCUCCUUACCUUGCACUCUGGAGUCCUUUUACCCACCGGCCCCCAUCUGGGGCCACGCUGACUCCCUGCUCAGCAAAGACUACCUGGAGACCACCUUUGUGGACAUUCGGCCCGGCUCCACAUUGGAGAGUAAGCUGCUGGCCGAGACGCAGGACUUCCACAGUGUGUCCUACAGCAUGGAUGAUGAGGAUGACUUGCUUCCUGACUCUGACGACUCAUCCAUUGAUGACUUCAGUGAUACAGACAGCGAGAGCAACUUCCCUCUGAUGAUCCCUCAGGACUACCUGGGUCUGGCCUUUUUCUCCAUGCUCUGCUGCUUCUGGCCCCUGGGCAUCGCAGCCUUCUACCUUUCACAGAAGACCAACAAGGCAUCAGCUCAGGGGGAUUUUCAGGGGGCCAACGCAGCGUCUCGCCAGGCUCUGUGGCUCUCAGUGCUCUCCAUUGUGUUUGGAAUCAUAACGUACAUCUGCGCCAUCGCUGCAUUGAUUUCCUACCUGUCUGGAAAACCACCAUAAAAGCAACUCUUGCACAACCAUACACACACAAAAAACAGACCUCUCACACAUUUCAUGAAUAUCAACACAUGCCAACAUUUGACCUGUAAAUGUAAAAAAUCACGGUCUUUGUCUGUCGACCCAAUCUGCAGUCAUGUUUUAUCUACACCAAGCUGGAAAAGCGGACAAGAGAACGGUUUGUGAACACAACAGGGGAGCUGGUGUGUAGAUUAUAAUCACUUCUAAUUGGAUUAGGACAUAAUUCAACUCAGAGGACAUUCCUCACAUGUGAAGAAAAAUCAACAAGAAGUUAUACAAUAUCACUCUAUAUAGAACAUUCAGUCUGUAAAUGUGAUUUGUUUUGUCACCCGAGGACUUAAGUUACCUGCCAUCAUUUAAAUCUGUGCUGUAGUCAUCAUCACAUGUAAAAACAAAAAAACUGUGACAUCAAAUGCAGAUGUUAUCACAACACUGUAGGUAUCGCUGUCACAAUAACAAUGGAUGAAUAAUGAGAAGCAGAAAGAGAAGAGAGGGGAUAUGUGGCCUCGUCUGCCCAGGAGGAGCCAAGUGGAGGGCAGCGGAGGGCAGUAUACGGCGAUGGAGUCUGCAGAUUUAUGAGAAGGUCACAGCAAGGACGUGGCAGCGGCUAAAUCCUGAUGGACCUCACUGUGGGAGGGCCUGAGCCAGCCCUGUGGGAGGAAAGCUGGUGAUGGCUUUUUUUUUUUUUUAAUAUGAGGAGCCAAAAGCAAUAACCCAGAAUUUCUUGCUACUCCUCUGGCCACAGCGAGGGACCCACAUGGAAACACUGCACAUCGUCAUUCAUCCCAUCCUGAUUUCAUUCAGCAUCACUCAUUGUUUACCUGCAGAAAGGAUUGAUUCUGCUUUGUUUAUGCUAAGUUGAGUUAGUAUCUUUAUGUUGAAAUACACAAAAAAAAAACUAAAUGAAAAAUACAUAUAGUGCCAUUCUAUAAGAAAAUAAAAAUAAACGAGGAUUUCAGGAGUUUUCAUAUGAAAUGCAAGGUCGUGAUGUGAAACUCAGACUCAGAAAUAAAGGAGCUGCUUCUAUAUACAGUGCUAGGAAACGAUGACAUAGAGGGGUGCAGAUUUGCAAGGAAAAGUGCCAAAAAUACAAUAGAAACUCUUACGGAUGCUCCUUUCAUGAGCUGUUCCAUUAAUAGCAGCAACCAGGCUGCUACUCUACGCUCCCCAAAUAUAGAUUCUGCUAUUUUCUCCUCCAAAACGAGGACUGAAAUCCUUCAGGAACUUGCUUCUUGCAGUAUGUCAAACUUGAAAAUGAAGUUGCUGCUCAGGCUUAAGCAAACAAACACAGUAACACUCGUUCAGAUGAGCAAAGGGGUAAAAAAAAAUGUUGCAAAAAAUAGUCUAUCGAGACAUCUAGCGCUCAGCCAUGUGACGACGCAUGAGUCAGUAAAAUCUCCAUUUAGGUCACAACAGCAACCUGCAUGGCGAGUUUGUAGUUUGUCGUGCACAAACCUACUCCAAGCUUCAUCCACUUCCUUCAUUUGGUCCUGAUUUAUUGCAAAAACAGCUUUGAUAAAAGAAAAAACAACUCUGGCCAUAUUGGUUUGAGCUUAAAUGUGCCAUUAACAAAACAGUGAACAAAGAAGAACUCCCAAGUAAAUAUUUUAAAAAACGACUAAGGCAAAAGUUGACAUUUUCUAUUUAGAUGUAUAGUUUUUAUAGUCCACAGUUGAACUACAAGUAUCUCAAAUCAAAUGUUUUAUGCAAACCCGGUGUUGUGUCAAGACUAAGCUGAUAAUAGUACUGUAAGUGUAUAUGUAGACACACCUGUGAUAUCUCAGUGUCUAACCCUUGUCAGCGAUCACUGCUGAUGUGCUGUGAUACAGCUGCACUAAGUCCACACGGUGUCGUACAGUUCUGACAAUCCUGAACCAUCCUCUGUCUCCACCGGACAUUUGUGUCAAUGAAAAAAUGCCCCUAUGUUGUUACAGCUGAGUUACCACAAUUAGUGAUUUAUAUGGGGGCAUUUAAUGUGAAUUGCCUUGACUGAUCUCGCUGUCAUGAGACAGGCUCUGAUCAGAUUUGUCUCACUUUGUAUCACUUACAUAACUACUGGUGAAGUUGACAACUCAUGUGAAUCGAUAAAGGUCAAAGGUUGUGGCAAAUGAGACUUAUUAGUACAAGAGAUAUUCAGUUAUUUCCCAGUUCACAUCUUUGACUGAAAGAAAAAUCUAUGAAUCCCAAUAAAUGCACUUGUUUGA